AUGCAGGUGUCUAUCGCGUGUACUGAGCAGAACCUUCGCAGCCGGAGCAGUGAGGACCGUCUGUGUGGACCCCGGCCGGGCCCCGGGGGCGGUAAUGGUGGGCCGGUCGGCGGGGUGCAUGGGAAUCCUCCAGGAGGAGGAGGGCCGGGCCCCAAGGCCCGGGCCGCAGUGGUCCACCGACCCCUAGCGCCCGCUGGGGCCCUCCGAGAGAGCACCGGCCGAGGCACUGGCAUGAAAUACAGAAACCUAGGAAAGUCUGGUCUUCGGGUAUCCUGUCUCGGCCUAGGUACCUGGGUCACAUUUGGUUCUCAGAUCUCAGAUGAGACAGCAGAGGAUGUGCUGACAGUAGCCUACGAGCAUGGUAUAAACCUGUUUGACACCGCCGAAGUAUACGCAGCUGGAAAGGCUGAAAGAACUCUAGGCAACAUCCUCAAGAGCAAAGGUUGGAGGAGAUCAAGCUAUGUCAUCACCACCAAGAUUUUUUGGGGAGGACAGGCAGAGACUGAGCGAGGCUUGAGCCGCAAACACAUCAUAGAGGGCUUGCGAGGAUCUCUGGAACGUCUCCAGCUGGGAUAUGUGGACAUCGUCUUUGCUAAUCGCUCAGACCCCAACAGCCCCAUGGAGGAGAUUGUGCGAGCCAUGACCUAUGUCAUCAACCAGGGCCUGGCCCUAUACUGGGGGACAUCCCGAUGGGGGGCUGCAGAAAUCAUGGAGGCCUACGCCAUGGCCAGACAGUUCAAUCUGAUUCCUCCAGUGUGUGAACAAGCAGAGCACCACCUCUUUCAGAGAGAGAAGAUGGAGAUGCAGCUGCCAGAGCUCUACCACAAGAUUGGUGUCGGCUCAGUCACCUGGUCCCCGCUGGCCUGUGGCCUCAUCACUAGCAAGUACGAUGGGCGAGUCCCAGAUCCCUGCAGGGCCACCAUCAAGGGCUACCAGUGGCUCAAGGACAAAGUGCAGAGUGAGGAUGGCAAGAAGCAACAAGCCAAAGUCAUGGACCUUCUCCCCAUCGCUCACCAGCUGGGCUGCACUGUGGCACAGCUUGCUAUUGCGUGGUGUCUCCGCAGUGAGGGUGUCAGCUCCGUCUUGCUGGGGGUGUCCAGUGCAGAGCAGCUAAUAGAACAUCUGGGUGCCCUGCAGGUGCUGAGCCAGCUGACCCCGCAGACCGUUAUGGAGAUAGAUGGACUCCUGGGGAACAAACCACAUUCCAAGAAAUAAUCUGUCGGGGGCACAGGGACCCAAGUCCAGGACCGCUGCACCCCAACCCACCAGCCCGCCCUGAACUGCUUCCUCACACCCACCUCUUUCCUGCUCCAGAUCCCUCCAGCCAGAGCCAGAGUGGCCCCGCCCACCAACGAGUUCCAGCUUCAAUAGAUAAUCGAUAUGCAUGAACAAAGCCAUAUCCUUCUGCAGAGGGGUUGAGAGGAAAUGUAGUCCACUGCUCCCUGCUGCAUUCUCCUAGGCCUUGUUGCUAA